UUUCAGCUGCCGUCGUGAAUGGACGCUUGUUUAUCUUCCCCUUAAAUGUUACGAAACUUAUCCGACUAUUCGAUUUUUAAAACUCUUAGUUCUUAAUUUAUUUAUUUUUUAUGUGGCCGGUGCUGACUGUUAAAGUUUUGAGUGUACUUUUUUUUGUUUUUAGUGUGAUUUGGCAAAAUAGGUGCUCAAGGAAGCUCAUUGACAAAUAGAAAUGGUUUAUUCGGAGUGAAUGUAUGCAACGGUGGUGAUCUGAAUUGGACAUUAUGCUAUUAUCAUAUCAAGAGAUUGUUAGGCAUCCUGAUGCCAUUUUAUGAUGAUAUGGCCGUGGAUCCGAGUAUGAAUUUCACCCUAAAUGCAUCCGCAAAAUGGCUGAUCGAGGCGUCCCUAGGCGUUGAAAACCCCAACACCCUUCUGGAUAAAUUCUCGCAGAACAGGAAGGUCGAUGACCCGACUAGAUCCCUGCUACUCACCUUUUAUGGUAUCCUGGUAGUCAUCGGCGCUGUCGGGAAUGCCCUCGUUGUGCUAUCUGUGGUCAAGAAACCAGCUAUGCGAACCGCCCGCAACAUGUUCAUAGUAAACCUGGCGGUAUCAGACACGCUGGUCUGCUGCGUCGGCACCCCGCUGACACUCAUGGAGUUACUGACAAAGCACUGGCCUCUCCCCGACUGGCCGAGCUUGUGUAAGGCGUGCGGAGCGAUUCAGGCUAUAUCAAUAUUUGUGUCUACAAUAUCCAUCACUGCGAUUGCGUUGGACCGCUAUCAGCUGAUCGUGUACCCCACCCGACCCGGCCUUCAGACAAUGGGAGCUCUUAUCACCAUGUUCUUCAUAUGGGUCACCGCCUUCACCCUCGCAUCACCUCUUUACAUCUUCAGAAGCCUCAAGACUCACAAAGUCGGCCUCAUUGGUAUGGACGUGCUUAGUUUCUGCAUUGAAGACUGGCCCAUCUCCAAUGGGCGAGCUAUCUACUCUCUAUUUAGUUUAAUUUUUCAAUACGUUCUUCCCGUACUAGUAGUUGUUAUAGCACACGUACAAAUUCAUAGGAGAUUACGUGGUAGACGAAGAACCACGAGGAAAACACCAGCUAUUCUCAUAGCGAUAGCUGUAACGUAUGUAAUAAGCUGGAUGCCUUUAAAUGUGUUCAACCUAGUGGCAGACUUCAGUGAAGACGCGAUCCUAGAUGAGAAAACGUUGACUAUAACAUAUGCUGUAUGCCAUAUGUUUGGAAUGUCCAGUGCUGUCUCCAAUCCCCUUCUAUACGGGUGGCUGAAUGACAACUUUAGGAAGGAGUUCGAAGAAAUCCUAUGCUGUGGUCGAAAAAAGGGACAGAAGAAUGAGAAUUUUCGAACUAAAAACAAGAAGAUGGAUACAGAAUUGACGGCGUUAGCGCAGAUAGAGCAUACGGUGACCGCGAACACGAAAACUUCACAGUGCUCCCAAAUUUUCUGACUAAAGACCUGUUUCAAAUAACAUGAGACGAGUGCCGAGAUGCAACACUUAUGAACUCGAGUCAAUUGAAAUGACAUUUUGUAUAGUGUAAUAUAAAGUUCCUUUUUUAUUGUUAACGCCUACUGUAAUUAUUAUGCUUCUAUUAUUGUAAAUGAGUGUCUUCGGUAUGUAAAUAAUUGUAUUGUCCUAUUUUAAUCGCAUGGCAAUAUACGUUUUUAUGAGCCCAAAACGUAAAUUGCCGUGAGUCUUAUAAAAUUAUUGUAAUUUAAUUACGAAAUUAAAGUUUGUGCAAAAUU